AUGAGAUUUAUUCGCCUAUUCUUCCUUUCCGGAAUACUCGUUGCUGUGGUGUACGUGUUGGCAAUCGGCAUAAUCCACACCAGACGCAAUGGCAAAGAGGUGGAGGUGAAGGGGCUGAUUUACUACAGCAAGUACUGUGCAUGGAACGACAGGAUUGAUGCCAGUGAAGUAGGGUGGUAUGAGAUGCGUCUGUGCUACAGAAUCGCUUCAAACCCUCCCAUUGCACCGACGUCAGCGCCCACAAUUGAGGAGUGGAAAAUCCGUAUCAACGGGAGCAGGAAAAGCUUGAGAUUCAAAGACUUGGCAAACAUUCCAGAUGCCGAGUGGUUGAAUGAUUUUGAC